UUUUGAUGCACUUGACCAAUCUCUUGAAGAAACUGCAGAAACGAGAGAGAGAAAACAAGAAAUCAUACUUUUCUUCAAUGGAAGAAGUUGAGAUUUGAUGAUUUUAUUUGUUUAUCCUCUCUAAAUCUGGGUUUGUUUCAAUAUCCCACCUUUUCGGGAUCCCUUGGGGUAAAAAUGGCAGCAAAUAUGGUUUCUAUAUCAAAUUCAGUGUUUCCUACUUUGGCUGGGGUUCAGAAUUCUUCUGGUUCUUGUAGAAUUGUUGUUCCAAGUAGAAAUAAAUUGGGCUCUUCUUCUUCUUCGUCUUCUUUUUCUAGUGAGAAAAGGAUUUUUUGUUGCUGUUCUGCACCACCUAGAAAUGUUGGAGAUGGGAUUUCAGGGCUGAAGUUCAAUGAUGCUGCCGCCCAAGAGAAUUUGAGUGUGGGUAGAGAGGUGGAGGAUGAUUCUGAUGUCCUCAUUGAAUGUAGAGAUGUUUAUAAGUCAUUUGGUGAGAAGCAUAUCUUGAAUGGUGUCAGCUUUAAGAUUAGACAUGGGGAGGCUGUUGGAAUUAUUGGGCCGUCUGGUACUGGGAAGUCUACUGUACUGAAGAUUAUAGCAGGGCUUCUGGCUCCAGAUAAGGGAGAGGUUUACAUUCGUGGAAGAAAGAGACGUGGUUUGAUAAGUGAUGAUGAUAUGUCAGGACUUCGCAUUGGUUUGGUAUUUCAAAGUGCCGCACUGUUUGACUCCUUGACAGUUCGUGAAAAUGUUGGUUUCCUUCUGUAUGAAAAUUCUGAUAUGUCCGAGGAUCAAAUAUCAGAACUUGUAACAGAAAAUUUAGCUGCUGUUGGUUUGAAGGGAGUUGAGGAACGGAUGCCUUCUGAGUUAUCUGGUGGAAUGAAAAAACGGGUAGCAUUAGCUCGGUCUAUAAUCUUCGAUAACACAUCGGAGUCUGUAGAACCAGAGGUUCUUCUGUACGAUGAACCUACCGCGGGGCUGGAUCCAAUAGCAUCAACUGUUGUUGAAGAUCUUAUACGAUCUGUUCACUUCAAAGGUGAUGAUGCGGUUGAAAAACCUGGGAAUAUUGCAUCUUAUAUUGUUGUUACUCAUCAGCAUAGCACCAUAAGAAGAGCUGUUGACAGGUUGAUAUUUCUCCACAAGGGAAAAAUUGUCUGGGAAGGUAUGACCCAUGAAUUCACUACCUCGAAGGAUCCCAUUGUUAGCCAGUUCGCUUCGGGAAGCUUAGAUGGGCCAAUUCAAUACCAAUGAUUACCAUGGCCGUGGGCAGACAAAGCGCCGUUUUUUGCCGCACUUUGCAAGAGGUCACCAAAGUCCAUAUAAGUAGAGAUUUUUAGAACAUAUGCAGAAAUGCAAACUUAAUCAUGAAAAACAAUUUUUAUAGGGUCACAUUUUAGAAUAUUGUUCAGUAGCCCAUUUAACAAAAGCCUAUGUAAAUGUAAUUUAAUUGUGAAGAAAUUUAGAACAAUAUUUUUAAUUUUUAUUAGAAAAAUAAUUUAAACAAUUGUAUACUCUUUUUAUUAGAUUUUUAAAUUUUAAAGAGAGAAGAAAAUAUGUAAUGGGAUGUAAUUAUGCUGAAAAUGUGAUGCUAGUUCUGUGGUUGCAUAA